UUAAGUAUUUAUUUAUAUAUUUAUUAGAAUCCUAAAUUUCACAUUCCAAAAACCCUACCCCACCCCUCAACUCUAAACCCUAAGUCUAGAUUAGUUAAUCCUAAGGAUAUAAUUGUCUAUUACACUUCAUUAAAAGUGAGGAUAAAAGUGCUAUUAUAAAUGUGCUAUUUGUGGCAAUUUCCCAUUAAUGAAUUUGGUUCAGAUUCGAUAUUAAUAUUUUACUCAGUUUGUGUUUAAGUAAAUCAGCUCCGUCAAAUAUAAAAUCCACGUAUACCGAAGAGAUGUAACCUCGUAUCAACACCGAAGUGUUAAGCCACGUCAUCAAGCUUAUGAUUAUCAGGUCCCACUUUUUUUUUAACGCGUAUGAUUGUCUACACUCGACACCACCGAAGACCCCGACACGCGUUUUUUCUUCUUCCAUUUCAUGAAAAUUUUUUGAGUUACUGUUUCUGCCUCUGGGUUAAUGGAAAUUAGGGUUUUGUUGAAUCACAAACGUUAUUCUACUGGGAGGCGUUGAACAUGAAGAUGAUAGAGACUUGUAGUCUUCGACAACGAUAAUGAGAAAUAACUCAAUAAGAAAGAAGAAAUUAAAGCGUAUUGAAUAUUCACAGAUUAGCUCCAAAGAAUCUCAGGACAAAUGGACUAAAUCCGCAGCAGAUGUCAUACUCCUAUAAAGUGGCUCACUGGAUUUGAGGAUUUCUGUAUUAUCCAUUGAUGUUUUAGUUUGAAGUUAUGCUCACAUGGGUGACAUUCAAGAAAGAUUGUCGGUUUCAUCAUCUUCGUCUUCUUCAACAUGCUCAUUGUCAUCAACAACUGCACAACCUAAAGCGGAUUCGUUGCCAAUAGAUGGGGAGUUUUGGAUGUUUGCAGAAGAGAGAGCUCAUGAGAUACUAAGCACUAUACAACCUGCUAUUGUUUCAGAUAGAAGUAGGAAUGAGAUCAUUGAUUACGUACAUACUCUAAUCAAGAGUCAUGAUGGAAUUGAGGUGUUUUCAUUUGGUUCAGUGCCGCUAAAGACCUAUCUCCCAGACGGAGAUAUCGAUCUAACGGUCCUAACAAAGCGAAACAUGGAAGAUGAAUUCUUUGAAAAAUUGUAUGAUACGCUUAAAAGUGAAGAAGGGAAAUCUGAAUUCCAUAUAACCGAUGUUCAGUUUAUCCCUGCACAGGUCAAGGUCAUAAAAUGCAACAUCAGGAGCAUUGCUGUGGAUAUCUCCUUUAAUCAAACCGCUGGGCUUCGCGCUUUAUGUUUUCUGGAACAGGUUGACCAACUCUUUGGGAGAGAUCAUCUUUUCAAGCGUAGCAUCAUCUUAACUAAAGCUUGGUGCUAUUACGAGAGUCGAAUUCUUGGUGCUAACACUGGGUUGAUCUCGACGUAUGCACUGGCAGUACUAGUCUUGUAUAUCAUCAACCUAUUUCAUUCAUCAUUAUCCGGCCCUUUAGCGGUUCUGUACAAGUUCUUGGAUUACUAUAGUUCAUUUGAUUGGAGCAACUACUGCAUCAGUGUCGGUGGUCCUGUGCCUAUAUCUUGUCUUCCAGAACUUAUUGCAGCUUCUCCAGAAAAUGGGCAUGAGUUAUUACUUGAUGAGAAGUUUUUAAGAGACUGUGUAGAGUUAUACUCUGCUCCAACUAAGACUGUUGAAACAAAUGGUCUUGAUUUUCCUAUCAGACAUCUCAACAUAGUUGAUCCUCUUAAACACAGCAACAACCUCGGAAAAAGUGUUACAAAAGGAAAUUUCAAACGAAUAAUGCAUGCUUUUACACUGGGAGCUAGAAAGCUCAGAGAUGUUCUUUCACUACCUGGUGAAACCAUGGGCUGGAGACUGGAGAAGUUCUUUGGCAAUUCUUUGGAGAGGAAUGGUAAGGGACAAAGACAAGAUGUGAAUGAUCCUGUUACAGCGUUUGGUACUGGAAGGUCAGAACUAUCUGAACUGAGUGGAGAUUUUGAAGGUUACUUUGGUCGGCUUGUGUAUGGUCAAAUGUAUCAUAGUCAUAGGGAGGCAAGUGGUUGGGAUGUUGUCCGUCACCUUGUGAGUUACCGAAAGAACGAGUUUUAUCUUAGAAGUCUGAAUGGUUCUACGUCGGUGCAGUCUUUGCCACUGCAUUCUUUAACUAAUGGCUCUCAAAACAUGGGGAAAACUAGAGGAACGGGAACUUAUAUUCCUGACAUGAGUUUAUACAACAGAAAAUCACCAACUCAUCAUUUAGAAUCUUCAGCCGAGGCAGCAGAUGACAAUGGAGCCAGUAGCUGCUGCAAUUUUUCUAAUCAAGUGUCUACUUCUUGUGCCAGUAUCAAAGGAGAAGAAAGUGUGAAACAAGAGACUUGUACAGAUCAAAAUGUUUUGAAAUCUCUAAGAUCAGAGAACUUGGAGGUUGAUGACAAUUGCCAGUCUUCACCACCAGAAAACGGCAAAGAACUAGUAGAUUCUAUAUCUUCAAGCAGCAAACUGGACAUGGGAAAUGGCAAAGAAGAGGAGAGCAAAUCAUCUCAAACGUUGAACGGUUCUUGACUUUUAAUGAUUGUUACAGAAUCUUUGGUUGGUCUGAGUGUACCUCCAGGAUAUAACUAGUUUGUCUCUUUAAACCACAUGCACAAACUACAUUUAGGAUUCAAAAGAUUCAUCAUCAGAAACUUGAUUACUUUCUUCUGAA